GCCACAAUGGGAACUCCAAGGUUUCCUUCCUUCUUGAGUCUCAGUUUCUUGAUUGAUAAUAAUACCAAUUCUAAUACUAUUAGUAAUAACAGUGAACCGCGUUAAUACUCCCUGUAUUAAUAGAGUGCUUACCAUGUGUCAGGCACUUCACAUGUGUCAGUCAGUUCAUUUAACCUUUACAACAACCUAAAGAAGGGAGGCUGUUAUUCGUCAAAUUUUAUUAAUAAGGAGAGUAAGGCUUGGAGAAAAGUGAUUUUCCCCAGGGUACCAUAGAUACUGGGUAACAUCCCAAGUCAAGGCCAGAGAUGACCUAGAGAAGGAGCUUUAGCUGGAAGCUGAGUCUCCAUCAUUAGCAUUGCCCUCCACCUCCCCCAAACCCCUCUAAGUAAACAUAGGGGAGAAAUGUGUGUUCUCUUCUAAACACAGCUUCUAUUGAUGGGUAAGCUCCUUACCCCUCCUUCCUAGCAGAUUGCCCAUCCUUAAUCCCCUCCUAUAUAGAAAUCCUGGAGCUGCUGCAAAACAGAAAUUUAAAGCCUGGGAUUAUUUCAAAGGCCCUUCCUAGCUCGGAUAGACUAUUGGUUCAGGCCCCUUGUGGUGGGGCUGGUGGGGAAGGGGAUGAGGAGUGGACAGGUCUGUCUGGAGGUCGCCUUGGGGUCCUCUUUUCUCCUGUGGCUGCCCAAUGGGUCAAGUCCUGAGGGCUCUGGAGAGACUCUUCUGUGCUAAAGAACCACAAGGGUCUGCCAGCCUCUACCUGAAGACUCUAAGGCUAGAGAAGCUUAUAUCGUGGCUGUGAUACAUCAUUAUUAACGUUCUCUAUUACCCUGAGAAAAUUCAUUGACUCCACAACAUAAUACCUAAAAGGUGCCAUUUCUUGAGUUCUUUCUAUGAACACUGUGCAUUAUUUUACCUGUUACUACAACCCUACAGGGUAGGGAUUAAAUCUCUUCUCAUUCUAAGAUGCAUAUUCAAGCUCAGCUUAGGUGACCAGCUGAAGGCUACAUCUCUCUGGUAGGGUUGGAAGAUUCUGCGAUUCUACAGUGGAUUCCUUGAAAGCAGUUGUCCCAGGGCCCAGAGUCAGAUUCUACUUGUGCGCCCAGCAGGCUGUGAGCACUCGGUAAAGACAAGUCAUUCACCAUCUACAUCUGAUUCUCAGCCACUCAGGGCUUGACCAACUGGUCUCAGGUCCUAGGAAAAUCCUCUCCCUUGCCCCCACUGGCCAGAGGUCCAGAUGGGCCCUUGCACUUCCUCAGGGUGAAGUGGAGCCACAGCCCACAUCACUUCCCUUUUUGAGGCCAGGUUCCUCAUCUAGUGGGAAGGGCAGUAGUGGUUUUAUCUUUUUUAAGUCAUCACAGCUCAGUUUUCCUGCAGAGAACGGUCUCCCCACUGUCAGUCCAUGUUUUGAGUGGAAGAGAUUCCACUGCUGGUACCAAGAUUUCUCUAGUAGGACUCUGAGCUGUGCCUGAUGAACACCCCACUCAAACAGGUUUAAGCAAAUACAAAAUAUACACCAGAAAUCAAACCCAUCCUUGAUAAUUAACCUACUUAAUGGAACAGCCCAGGGGUUUGUCCUCCAAUUGUUGGAUUCAGGUUCUAUGUAUCUGUUUACCCCCAUUUUACAGAAGGGGACAACGGGGACUCAUGGCGACAGUGAUUUGGCCAAUUGUCAAGGAGCCAGUAAAAGCGAAAGGAAACCUAAGCCUGACCCUAAAACAGAAACUCAGCCUAAGCUGUCAUAGGGGGUGCCUCACUCCGAAGGCAAAACGUUCACCUCCAAAGGGGUGGAGCUGUUAAUCCCCAAAGGAAGAGCCGGGCACCUAAAAGGGUGGGGCGGCGCUACGGGGGUGGGCUCAGAGCCUGGGCGUGUUCUGAGCCGGAGCAAGCGGGGCGAUGCCGGAUGGCAUCUAGGUAACUUUGGCGCCUGCGCAGAGGUCCCCAGCUCCCCUGCGGGUUCCACUUAGUCUUGGCGGCAGCGCUGGCUGGCGCGCUCGGAGCAGGUCGCUUGGAUUUGGUCGGACGCCCGGCUCCGCCAUGAACAGGUGCGCGGAGGCGGCGGCGGUGGCGGCCUCGGUGCCCGGCGCGGGCGUCGGGAACGCGGGGCUGCGGCCGCCCAUGGUGCCCCGCCAGGCGUCCUUCUUCCCACCGCCAGUGCCCAACCCCUUCGUGCAGCAGACGCGACUGGGGGCUGCGAGGCGCCUCCAGAUUUUCUUUUUUGGAAUUAUCCUGCUUCCAAUUCGUGUCCUGUUGGUUGCAUUCAUUUUAUUACUGGCAUGGCCAUUUGCUGCAAUUUCAACAGCAUGCUGUCCUGAAAAGCUGACCCACCCAAUGACUGGAUGGAGGAGGAAAACUACUCAUCCAGUCCUGAAGUUUCUAGGCCGAGCCCUGUUCUUUUCAAUGGGAUUUAUUGUUACCGUGAAAGGAAAGAUCGCAAGUCCCGUGGAAGCACCAAUUUUUGUCGUUGCCCCUCAUUCAACAUUCUUUGAUGGAAUUGCCUGCGUCAUAGCUGGGUUGCCUUCUAUAGUAUCUCGAAAUGAGAAUGUGCAGGUGCCUCUGAUUGGCAGAAUAUUGCUGGCUGUGCAACCAGUGUUGGUGUCUCGGGUAGAUCCGGAUUCUCGGAAGAACACAAUAAGUGAAAUAAUACGGCGGGCCUCAUCAGGAGGGGAAUGGCCCCAGAUAUUAGUUUUCCCAGAAGGAACUUGUACUAAUCGCUCCUGUUUGAUUACUUUUAAACCAGGAGCCUUCAUUCCAGGAGUUCCAGUGCAACCAAUUCUCCUCAGAUACCCAAACAAGCUGGAUACUGUGACUUGGACAUGGCAAGGAUAUACAUUCAUUCAGCUUUGUGUGCUGACUUGGUGCCAGCCUUUCACAAAGGUGGAAGUUGAGUUUAUGCCUGUUCAAGUACCAAAUGAUGAAGAGAGAAGUGACCCCGUCCUUUUUGCCAGUCGAGUCCGGAAUUUAAUGGCAGAAGCUCUGGGAAUUCCAGUGACAGAUCACACAUAUGAAGACUGCAGAUUAAUGAUUUCAGCGGGACAGCUAACAUUGCCUAUGGAAGCUGGGUUGGUGGAAUUUACCAAAAUCAGCCGGAAACUGAAGUUAGAUUGGGAUGGGAUUCGUAAGCAUUUGGAUGAAUACGCUGCUAUUGCAAGUUCCUCCAAGGGAGGAAGAAUUGGAAUUGAAGAAUUUGCAGAGUAUUUGAAGUUGCCUGUUUCAGAUGUCUUGAGACAACUUUUUGCACUCUUUGACAGGAACCACGAUGGCAGUAUCGACUUCCGAGAGUACGUAAUUGGCCUGGCUGUCUUGUGCAACCCUGCCAACACAGAGGAGAUCAUCCAGGUGGCAUUUAAGCUCUUUGAUGUGGAUGAAGAUGGCUUCAUAACAGAGGAGGAGUUCUCCACCAUUCUGCAGGCUUCCCUUGGGGUGCCCGACCUGGAAGUUUCCGGUCUCUUCAAGGAAAUAGCCCGGGGGGAUUCUAUUUCUUAUGAGGAAUUUAAAAGUUUUGCCCUAAAGCAUCCAGAAUAUGCUAAGAUAUUUACAACCUACUUAGACCUCCAGACAUGCCAUGUGUUUUCAUUACCAAAAGAAGCCCAAGCAACGCCCUCGGUCAUGAGUAAUAAAGUCAGUCCUGAAAGUCAUGAAGAGAGUCCCUCAGACAAAAAAGACGACUGAAAGCACAUGAUCCUAAUAAGGAAAAUGCAGUGGCUUUUACAUGAAAUUGUGCAGUUAUGGAUUGAUAGUAUUUUAUUUGUGAUUACUGAGGAAAGAUGAUGUUUAAAAUGGAAAGCUUUUUUAUAAAAGUGGUGGUCUUA